AUGGACGAUAUUGUUUUCAGCGUUGAGACACAAGCUAACACCGGGGCCACAGAGUUGCUGCAAAGUGGAUGCCAUCUCAAGGCGGCUCUUAUUUCCUUAAACGGUCUCAAGUCGGUCAUUAUUCUUCACUCACGUCGGCUGCCGAAUUCGGAUAUACCGCGUUUCAGUGAGGGCGAUAUCUCGUUAGACCAAAUCCCGGAUAUAACAAAUGCACAAUUACAGGAAGUGCUGAAUGCGAGCACAGCCGCCUCAUCGGCUUCCUUGCUUCCAGGAGUUUGCUUGGUUCGUCCACGCCGAUUGUCUGAUGAAGCGGAACGUCUACUCACCGGUCUAUUGGAAUUGCCGAUCCGGGGUGCAGUGGCUACAAAUGCUGUUUCGCCGAUCAGUUGUUCCCUUCUGGAACACGUAAUGGAUACGUUGGUUAAUGUGGCCCGUCAACGGCCACAGUUCAUGGACCGUAUUGUGCAGUCGUUUGAAACAGUUCAUGUCACUCUUCCGCCACACUUUUCCGAUGUACAAGUUAGUUCCGUGCGUAAAAAACUCAAACAAGGCUUGUUACAACUACUACGUGGAUCCACCGCGGUUGCGGAGUUUCAAGGUCGUAUUACAAUCCUUCUCACUGACCUGGGUGCUACACAAAACGAGGUGUUUGAAGCGCUGCAUCGUACCAGUGAUUACCCAUUAACACGAGACCCUCCGGCGGGGUUCGAAGCAACCUUAACACACGGGGAUGUUGAUAUGCGUCAGAUGCGAUCCGAUACUGCCCCGAAAACCUCGACCACUACGACCAGUUCUACGGGAUCAACGCCGUCACGUUCAAGACUACCGACUACUCAAACUUGCACCGCUCCUGGACCGGCUCAACCUCAUUUACCUUCCACAGCCAGUUCAGAAUCAACCGAUCGCGGGAAAUCGUUUACUGAAACAAAAGCCUCCGCUGGCAACGUGACCGUAAAACCAGAACUGCCCAGUAUCGAUCUGAUCACAACACGAUUGGUGCGUCGACUUACCACGGCCAAUGUAGCUGAUCUGGUUUUGCUCAGAUCACUGUUGUUGGCAAAUGGUUCUGGUCAGUCUGGGAUCGGUCCGUGUAAACGUCGUGUUCCACUCUUGAAGGAUCUGACUGUGUGA